AUGAAUGUUUCUUUUUCUCUUUUCACUAGAGAGACAGGAAAUGCAUCAGAAAGAGUAUUCUUCAAUGAUACAUUCACUAUCAAAAAUUCUCAUUUUUCUCCGUGGAGGAAAACCCGCUUUGUUAUCCAUGGAUACACCAGCACUGGAAAAUAUGGCUGGGUUGUGGACAUGUGUUUGCUGAUGGUAGAGGUUGAAAACAUAAACUGCAUUGCUGUAGAUUGGGAAGAUGGAGCCAAAUGCACCUAUUUCACAGCUGCAAGCAACAUCCGUGUUCUUGGGGCUGUUAUUGCUUAUUUCGUCAACACUUUAAGGAAAAUGUAUCUUUACUGCCCUUCCAACGUCCACCUCAUUGGUCAUAGCCUUGGUGCCCAUACUGCUGGAGAAGCAGGAAGACGACUUCGAGGCAUUAUCAAAACAUUCCCAAGCAUUGGCAGAAUAACUGGCUUGGACCCAGCUGGGAUUGGUUUUGAAGGCUUCCCAGACAUGGUCAGAUUGGAUUCUUCUGAUGCUCAGUUUGUGGAUGUCAUCCAUAGCAACGCUGGGCAAUUUCCCAAUAUAGGAUUUGGGGUGCUUAAUGCUGUUGGUGAUCUUGACUUUUAUCCCAAUGGGGGGAUGAUUAUGCCUGGAUGCAAUAAUGAAAUCACUGAGCUGUCAGAAUAUGAUCAUGAAGACUUCAUUAGAGAGACUCCUAGGGCUGGAAACUGCCAUCAUUCCAGAAGUCAUGAGUAUUACCUGUACAGCAUUCUCUAUCCAAAUGGUUUUCUGGGCUAUCCUUGCAAAUCAUAUGAAUCCUUUCAAGAAGGAAAUUGUUUUCCAUGCCCCAAAGGUGGUUGUCCAAUGAUGGGCCACUAUGCAGAUCGAUUCCGUCAUAAAGUAAAGAAAAAUACAAAAUAUUAUCUAAAUACAGGAGCUACGGAGCCAUUUACCAGCUGGAGAUAUAAAAUAUCUGUGAAAUUAUAUGGAAAUGCAAGGGGAUUAAUAAAUAUAAUUUUUCACGGCAAAGAUGAAUACACAAAGGAAUAUCAAAUUCAGAGUGGAAGCCUUAAGCAAGGACAAAGCUACUCAAAAAUCACCGAUUUAGACAUUCACCCUGACAACGCCACAAAAAUUGAAUUUAUUUGGCAUAAGCAGUUUUUAACUUCGGUUUGGGACAAACUGGGAGCCAAAAGGGUGACUCUAAUCCGAGGGCAGGAUGGACGCAAGUCUUUCCUUUGUGGCAAUGGGACAGUGAAAUAUGAAGUCCUUCAAACACUAGCAGUCUGUUGAACCCUUGAAUCAAGUGAUGUGUGU